AUGACUUUGCUCUGCACAGCAGACGAGGAGGAAGAAGACGGUGACUUUAAACCUCGCUCUUAUCAACUAGAACUGCUCAACCAUGUUAAGAAUAGGAAUUCAAUACUCGCCCUCGGAGCUGGGUCAGGCAAGACGUUCAUCGCAAUCCUCCUGAUUAAAGAAUUGGGGCAUCAAAUUCAAGGAUCCCUGAAACAAGGAAGCAAAAGGACUGUAUUUGUGGUAAAUACUAGACCACUUGUCCACCAGCAAGCAAAACUCAUUCAAAAACAUACACACUUUAAAGUUGGCAAGUAUUACGACUCUCAGAAAGUUAAGAAUUGGAGCGAUGCGUCGUGGAUGCAAAGAUUGGAAAAGCACUCAAUGAUGAUAUUGGUGGCUCAGAUCUUUUCCAAGUUGAUCUUGACAAAAGAGUUACCACUUUCAUCGGUCAACUUCCUGAUCAUGGACGAAUGCCAUCACGCAACCAAAGAACACCCAAUGCGAGACAUCAUGAAGGAAUACCAGAAUUUGAAAGAAAAGAAAAAAAACCAUUGCAAUCUUCCCAGAAUAAUGGGUCUGACAGUUUGUGUGGUUAACUCCAAGUGUAAGAAGGAAGAUGUCUCUAAGUAUAUGGAUACACUUGAGGCAGCAAUGGAUUGUGUUCUGGUAACCUCAGAUGAUCCAGAUGCAGUCCAAAAAAUUACCACUAAAAUAGUUCCUUUUCCAAGUAAGGACAACCCAAAUCAAGUAAAUGCUCAACUAGCAGAUCUUGAACGUCACAUCAUAGAAAAAAAUCGAAAUGGCAAAAAAAGAAAGAAAAAAAUUGAGAAGGAAAUUAAAAAUAAAAUAGAGGCCAUUAAAUGUGUAAUGUCUGAUCUAGGUUACUGGUGUGUUGCUCAGGCUAUAUUGUCUGAGAUUGAAAGUCUGAAAGAAACUGGAGAACUGAAGGAAGAUCCAAAGGUGAGGGAGUUACUAAAAGGGCUGAGUAAAGUUUAUGAUGCUUGUAAACUAAAAGAAAAAACUCCUAUGAACAUCACGUUCAAAGUGAAAAGGCUCUUGGAAGUCAUAAGUAGUUUCGAAGGAGAAAUAUUUGGCUUGAUUUUUGUGCAAAGAAGAAAUACUGCAGAAAUUCUGUAUAAACUGCUUUUAGAGAUUGCAAAAAUGAAACCAGAAUUUAGCUUUGUCAAACCUUCCUAUGUUAUAGGAGGCGAGCGUUUCUCAAAACAAAAGGAAACUCUUGAAAAAUUCAGAAAGGGAGAAACCAAUUUAUUGAUAUCAACAAGUGUGUUGGAAGAAGGAGAUGAUAUUAGGAAGUGCAAUGUGGUAGUUCGCUUCGAUAUCCCACCGAAUUAUCGGGCUUAUAUACAGUCUAGGGGAAGAGCCCGUGCCAAACCUUCAACUUACGUGCUGAUGGUAGAGGAGAUGGAAGAAAGUAAAUUACAGAAAUGCAUUGAAGAUUACCGAGAAAUUGAGGCCUUAAUCCAUUCCAAGUGUCAUGAUCGGGAUUUGCCAGCAGCACACGAAACAAGUGACAAUUUUGAUGAACACGUGAUGCCUUAUGAACCCUAUGGGCCUGAAAGACCAAAGAUUACAAUCAACUCUGCCAUACAGCUUGUGUAUUUGUAUUGUGAGAAAUUGCCUUCUGACAGAUUCACAGGUAAUUUGCCAGAGAUAGAUGUCAAAGAACUUACUUACAAAGGAUUUAUUGCUGGGAUCAGACUUCCAAUCAUGGCACCUCUGAAAGAGAAAAUAUAUGGUAGAGAGUGUAAAACCAAAAUCCUGGCAAAAAAGUCUGCUGCACUGCAACUCUGUAUUAAAUUACAUGAGAUGGGAGAGCUAGAUUCUGAUUUUCGGCCAAAGGAGAAUACUGAUGAUAGCUUAGUAGAAGGUUUGGUAGACCUCCCACCUGAAGAACCAGUUCCAGAUGGAACAUCAGAUUCCGGUACCAUGAAGAGAAAAGAAGUGUAUGUCAAGGACAUUUGUCUUCACUUUUCAUAUGUUCAUGGAAUGACAUACUGUCUGUAUUCCCUAGACAUCAAACCUUACGGUCUGAAUGAGCUUUCUUCAGGUAACACAAAGAUCGGUUUUAUCUGUAAGGAAGGUUUGGCAAUUAGCCCCUUUCAACUUUUCUUAUCAAAAUGGGGAGAUGUGAUUGUAAAUGUACAGAAGGUUGGACCAAUGGCAAACUUAGAUAAAGUUUUAUUUGACAAGAUUAAGAAGUUUCAUAGGCUGAUUUUUGAAAACCUUUUACAGCUAGAGUCAAAUGUGAUAUACUUUGAUCCUGAAGAAUCCAAAUGUGGCUUGUUUAUUGUACCUCUUUAUCCUACUGGAAGCAUUGAUUCGAGUGUACUGAAUAAGGUCAAUUGUUAUUACUCACUUGGACCUAUGAAGAUAAAUGUACGCACGUCCAGAAGAUCAGACUUUAAAGAUGCCUUGAUUUAUAAAUUAAAUUCUGAUCAGCUGUAUUAUAAAACAAAGGCAACAAAAAAUAAGGAAAGGGCAUUGUCGUUUGUUACACCUGAACUCUAUAUAUUUCCCCUGAAAGCCUCCUUAUGGUGGCAAAUUAUAUGCAUUCCGUCCAUCUUCCAUCGUCUGAACAGCCUUAGCGUAAUGCAGGAAUUCAUUAAGGAAACAGGCAUCAAAUUACCUACUUCAGAACGCAAAGUCAUUGACUUCUCCGGCACAAAGACAUUGAUCUGUGAGAUGCUUGGUUCCUCAGAAAAUACUGUGCCAAAAUUCUUAAACAGGAAGAACUAUGUCUCUAUCCAUCCCUUCGACAUGUUACAGGCUUUCACUCUCAAAGAAGCCGGUGAAGACUUUAAUUUGGAGAGGCUUGAAUUAUUAGGUGACUCUUUCCUCAAAUUUGCCAUAGGAGAAGCCUUGUUUCUGAGAAGGAAAUAUAAUGAAGGAACGCUUUCUCGUACCCGUGGCAUAUUGGUAUCCAACAAAAUCUUGUUUAGAUUGGCAUCCCAGAAAGAUCUAGCAGGAAAAAUUGCUGCAAAACCCUUUAACCCAAAGAAGAAUGGAUUUACACCGGGCUUUCAAAUAAAGCCUGACUUUGAGAAAAUGUUGCGAAGUCUGGAAGUACCCUCAGAUCUUUGGCAUCGGAUUCUUGGCACUGCGGAUACUAUUUCUGACUUGGAGAAGGCAGUCCAAAAUUUGAUGCCAGAUGGGAAUCGGAACUCGUGUUAUAACCCAUGGACAGAGCACGACGUUUCCGGUAAGAGCCUUGCAGACUGCACUGAAGCCAUAACUGGCGCCUAUCUUCUUGUGUGUGGCGAUGAGGCUGCUUUAGCCUUCCUUGACUGGCUAGGAGUCGGGGUCUGCAAGGGCAAGUCACUGUUAAAGGAACCAAAGACAAAGACUGCUUGCGUACGAAAAGAAUGUGCACAGGAGAUAGAAAUGUUAUACCAAAAAGUAGGCCUCAAACAGUUAGAGAAAAAGAUUGAUUAUUCUUUUCGCGACAGAAGUUUCAUUGUCCAGGCCGUCACUCAUAGUUCGUAUCAGGAUAACUUGGUGAAAGACAACUAUCAGAGACUCAAGUUCUUAGGAGAUGCAGUACUGGGCUACCUGGUGACAUGUCAUAUAUUUUGCUGCUAUACAGAUAACUCUCCAGGCGAGCUGUCAGAUUUGAGGUCAUAUCUUGUUCGGAAUGACACCCUUGCCCGUGCAGCAGUGAAGGAAAAUUUUCACAAACACCUGCUGCAUCUUAACCCAGAGCUUCUAAAGUCAGUUAACGAGUUUCUCUCCAGUCUUGGCCAAGACCACUUGGAAGAGGACUUCAAGACAGAAGAUGAUGCACAAAACUGUGGUGACAUUGAACUACCAAAGGCACUUGGGAAUAUGGUGGAAGCUAUUAUUGGUGCCGUGUACCUUGAUAGCAACAGGUCACUCCAGGAUGCAUGGCACGUUAUACAAAGGAUAUUAGGGAAACUGCUAAAUUCCAGGCAGGAAAUUAAGGCAGUACACUUAGAUCCUGUCCGUAUCCUGCAUGAGGCAGUGCCAGGAGAGAAUCAAGUCGUCUUUGAAAAGGGCCGAAAUGAUGGAAAUGAAAUCUUAUCUUACACAGUGAAGGUAGCUGGCGUUGGCAUCUUUACAGGUCGUGGCAAGAACUACCGAGUGGCAAAGAAAAGAGCGGCAUGGAGUGCCCUAGAGAAAAUCAAAAGCCAGAAGCCUGAAACUGUUUGA